CGGUGUUCACCAUCAUUUUAUCCUGGACGAGUUACGUCAUUUAAAUUGCCAACUGAUUCCCAAAGCCUAUUUAUAAUCUAAUUUUAUCCAGAUACGAACGCAACGUUAGAUUUCUUAUAUUAGUAAAAAAAAAGUUUUUUACAAUAAGUUAUCCAGAUUCAAAUUCACAGCUUAAAUUUCUUAUAAAUAUAGUGGAGCUUUAAUACUUUCUACCUAUCCACAUUUGCAAACCCAUACUCCACCAACCUCAUUCAAGAACCUCUAUCCAUCUUCUUCAAAUUCAUCUUUUUUACUGAAACUCGUUUUCUUAGUCUCUCUCCAUCUCUUCAUUGAACUACUCCAAACAGUUGAGAUUCUACAGAAAGAAACAGCAAACAUGGUGGAGACAUUGAUUGGUAGCAAUAGUAUGACUACUUCAAGAGAAAUCUUUCGUUUCACAAAACAGCUCCUCAAAGGAAGAUGGUUCAUGCUGUUUGCAGCUUUUCUAAUCAUGUCAGGUGCUGGUGCAACUUAUGCAUUUGGUAUUUACUCAAAAGAGAUUAAAAGAACACUUGGGUAUGAUCAAGAAACUCUAAAUUUACUUGGUUUUUUCAAAGAUCUUGGUGCUAGUGUUGGUGUGUUUUCUGGUUUAAUAGCUGAAGUAACACCAACGUGGUUUGUUCUUCUCGUUGGCGCCGCAUUGAAUUUCUUCGGAUACUUCAUGAUUUGGCUUGCAGUUGCUGGUCAUAUUGCAAAACCCAAAGUUUGGAAAAUGUGUAUGUACAUUUGUAUAGGUGCUAAUUCACAGAAUUUUGCUAAUACUGGUUCAUUAGUACCAUGUGUGAAGAAUUUUCCGGAAAGCCGCGGAAUCAUGGUGGGUUUGUUAAAGGGUUUUACAGGAUUAAGUGGAGCUGUAAUGAAUCAACUUUAUCUAGCCAUCUAUGGUAAUAAUCCUAAAGCUCUUAUUCUACUUAUUGGUUGGCUUCCUGCAGUUGUUUCACUCUUUUUUGUCUACACAAUUAGACCCAUGAAAGUGGUAAAACAAACGAAUGAACGGAAAAUGUUUUACAAAUACUUGUUCAUAUCGCUUGCACUAGCGUUAUUCGUAAUGGUUAUAACCAUAAUCCAGAAACAAAAGGCUUUCUCUCAUGGUGGAUACAUUGCUACUGCAACUGUUGUUUGCAUUUUGCUCUUCAUUCCUUUAGGAGUUGCCAUCAAUGAGGAGCUUGCUAUUUGGAAGCAAAACAAACAAGUUCAGAAUUCAACUCCUACUUCUGUAACAAUUGAAACCCCACCAGCAAUUGUUGCCCAAACUGUUGACGCAAAGAACCCCGUACCGGAAUCGUCUUGGUAUUCAAACAUUUGCAGUCCACCGAAAAGAGGCGAAGAUUACACGAUAUUGCAAGCGUUACUAAGCUUAGACAUGUUACUAGUAUUCAUUUCAGUUUUCAGUGGACUUGGUACAAGUUUAAGUGCAAUUGAUAAUUUAGGACAGAUUGGAGAAUCUCUUGGCUACCCAUCUCUUACAAUUAGCACAUUUGUAUCUUUAGUCAGUAUAUGGAACUACUUUGGCAGAGUUUGUGCAGGUUUUAUCUCUGAAAUCCUUCUAUCAAAAUGGGGUUUUCCAAGAACACUAGUAAUGACUGUAGUCCUAGUCUUAUCAUGCAUCGGUGACAUUCUCAUUGCGUUUGCAUUUCCGGGUUCUCUUUACGUUUCUUCGGUGCUCAUUGGUUUCUCUUAUGGUGCUCAAUUAACCUUAGUUUAUACCAUAAUUUCUGAACUAUUUGGUCUCAAGUAUUACUCGACGUUAUUCAACUGCGGUGUUUUGGGCAGUCCUCUUGGUUCAUAUGUAUUCAAUGUCAGGGUUCUUGGGAUUCUUUAUGAUAGAGAAGCAUUGAAACAGUUGAAGGUUAAAGGACUUGGCAGGGAUUCAGUGAAGGAAUUAACUUGUAUUGGAAAAGAAUGUUAUAGAAUGUCCUUUAUUAUAAUGGCAGGUGUAUCUUUAGUUGGAGCUUUGUGUUCACUUGUGCUGGUCAUGAGGACAAGAGAUUUCUAUCAAGGAGAUAUUUAUAAGAAAUUUAGAGAACAAGCUAGUGGCGGUAAGAGUGAAGAAUCAGAGAUGGGGCUUGUUGUUUCAUCUGUUGAAGACCGAAAAACAUUAAAAUGAGGUGAUUCUAAACACGCGGGGUAAUCUGUAAUGUGUAAAUAGUUAAGUGUGUUCUUGGAUAAUACAAGGUCUGAUACUCUGAUUUAGUCAGGUAGGUAGAAAUUGCAAUAUGUGGGGGAUUGAUGGGUCACAUAAAAACAAUGUAAAACCUUUACAUGUCCCCAUUAUCAUAUGAUUUAUGUCUCUUACUCUGUUUGUUAUUAUGCAAAACCAAGCAGCAUAAUUUUAU